AAGAUGAUACAUAGUGUCUAUAGUGCGGAGCGGACAAAGAUUUCUGUUAUUAUCUCAACUGUUGAGAAAUGUCAGGUUCAAAUGAAGUAAAUUAGUUAGAUUCGACGUUAUUUUUGCGAACAACUGAACGUCUCAGAGCAGUCUGCGGACAUUAUCUUAUUGAUCAGGAAAUGAUGACAGACUACAUGACACUUCUUCUGUUAUGCCACUUUUUAUUUGAUAUCUAAAAUGAACGUUAAUUUUUUCAAUCGACGUAAUCGAAGUCAAUUUGUUUAUAGAAAGCAAUUGAAUUAGUAGAUAAUUGGUUUGUUCAGAGUUCUCCUUACAGUCGACAGUGUUUUCAGUGCAACAGGUGCGUCUGGGUGUAAUGCAGCAUUCACGGAAGGUGUAGAGGUCUGUAGAAAUCCAGGCUAAUGUAAAACUCAUCUUUUCUCAGCUUUAACGUGGACAGUAGUGCUACGAGACAGAAAAUUUUGUUUAAAGAAUAAGAAUAACCAUCCAGGGAGACACAUUAUUUAGACGUUUCAAGUUUUAAAGCGCCCGCAGGCUUUCUGUGACAGUCAAUACUUGGUAUCUCCGAUCUUUCCCGAGUGUUUGAACGCCUCGCAGACCCCGCCUCUUGUCGCUCUUGCAUAGUUAGUUUAGUGUCCCGGGGUGUCAACGGCAAGUUUCCUCUCAGUCCAGUAGUCAGGUCGACGGUCCUCCGAGGAGGUCUGUCUGUUCUCCUCUGUGUCUUCAGCUUUCGGUUCAGGUGGACAUCUCCUCUGUCAGUAUGUCUCCAUCCACGUCCCCCCGGUUCUUCACCAAGAGGGAGGUGGCCAGCCACUGCACCAAGGACUCCUGCUGGGUGCUGCUGGGGACCAGGGUCUACGAUGUAACGGCUUUCUUGCGGAUGCACCCCGGCGGGGAGGCGCUGAUACUUCGGCGGUCAGGCAAGGACGUGAGCCGGGAGAUGGAGGGACCCCCACACCGGCACUCAGAGAACGCCCGGCGGUGGAUGGAGCAGUACUACAUCGGGGAGCUGGACAGGGACAGCGGCGCCGAGGAGGCUCAGACUCUGAGAGAGAGGAGGAAGGCCAGUGAGCAGACAGAAGAAAAGACGGCAGACACGAAGGUGGAAGAGGAGGACGAGAAUGAUGCGUACAACCGCUGCAGCUCUGUGGACCUGGAUAAGGACUUGGUGGACUGGCGGAAGCCCCUGGCAUGGCAGGUAGGCCACCUGGGAGAGAAAUAUGAUGCGUGGGUGCACCAGCCAGUCGAUAGACCAAUCAGACUGUUUGGAAACCCGCUCCUGGAGGCCGGCACCAAGACUUCCUGGUACUGGGUACCAGUGGUGUGGCUUCCUAUUGUGUUUUAUUACAGUUGGCAGUGCUACACCACACUGGCAAAGGGCACCACCAGGCUAGACAUCACUUCAGACUUCUCCAUCCCAGUCCAUAAGUACAUUUUCCCACUGCUCUUUCUGAUGGGUUGGUUCUUGUGGUCGUUCAUCGAGUACUGCAUCCAUCGCUUUGUCUUUCACAUGAAGCCACCAGCCCAUAACUAUUACCUCAUCACGCUACACUUCCUUCUGCACGGACAGCACCACAAGUCUCCAUUUGACGGUGCUCGGCUGGUCUUUCCCCCCGGCCUGGCCUCCUUAGUGGUGGGAGUCUUCUAUCUUACCCUCUGCAGCACGCUCCCAGAGACCCUCGGGACAUCCGUGUUUGUCGGGGGACUGUGUGGCUACGUCGUGUACGACAUGAUCCACUACUACCUUCAUUACGGCUCGCCAAAAAGAGGCUCGUAUAUGUACAGCCUGAAGGCCUACCACGUCAAACACCACUUUGAGCACCAGAGAGCAGGUUUUGGAAUCACCUCGACGUUUUGGGACCACCCCUUCAACACAGUCAUCCCUGAUGAGAAAUUCUAACACAGAAAGGUCUCUUUGAAGGGCCACAGGACUUGUCAGCCACCCUCAUAGCACCCAGCCCCAUGCUAUAACCACCCCGGCACCCUUAGUUUAAUCCCUGCAGCCAUAGCUUUCACCACCAAGGACCAAGCUCCAAGGACUCCUGGCUCUCUGCAACUAAUCCAUACAUCCAUACUAUAUCACAUAUCAUCUGUGCUUUUUGAUUUCAGCCAGCAACACAUUCUCUGCCUGAGCUCAGUCACCUGGGUGUGUGGCUCCACCAGUCUGCUCUGUCUCCAUACUGUGAUCAUUCCUGUACAGCUGCUUGGCCUUUCUGUGCCAUUUUUUUAUGACCAAACUAACAUCUAUCACUCCUCUCCGCACUGACCUCACCAGCCAAAUCAUCAUCCGGUGGCCAGUCACAGCAUCAUAUUUUGAGAAAGGGAGGGACACAAAUAGGGUUGGGCCGGUGAAAACAUUUUCUAACCUGUUUCAUAUUAAUCCAAACACAGGACGGACCGGUAUACUGAGUUUUAGAGAUGUACUUCAUUAGAUGAGGAGAGCCAAUGAAUGAGAGGUACUUGGUGGCGAUAAUGCACCUUUUAGCUGGUUUGCCAACUGCCAAUAAUAAGGAAGAGGAAAAAUAAUCAGAGUGAGGCUCACAUCUUCCAUCCAAAAUGUUUCCAUAAUGGUGCAGUUUCAGUUUCCUUCUGAGAUUAACUGUGCCAUGUCUUCUCUCAUCACUCUAAAUAUCCUGUGUAUCCUUGUGUCUGUCAGACACUAGUGUCAGUGUUAGUCCGUUAAUCAACAAACACGUCAUAUAGCCCUGUGUCUGCGUCCUCUAAAGUAACGUUAAUACCAGAUACCUUCUCUUUCUUUGUGUUUCUCUGCAGAGCAUGUGAUAAUAAUAUAUAAUAUUAUAAUAAUCCACCAUGGAUGCUUUCAACAGCUUUUCAAACGGCACACACAGACACACAGACACACAGACACACACACACACACACACACACACACACACACACAUCCUUGUACUUCUAUCUUUGUGAGGGCCCUCAUUGGAAAAUUCCCUAGCCCCUUACUUUAGGGCUGGGCGAUAUGGACCAAAAGUCAUAUCCCGAUAUAUUUAGGCUGACUAUCGAUAUAUAUUUAUAUAUAUUUAUAUUUUUAUCUCAAAGUGAGAGCAAAUGUUCAGUCAAAGUCAAAUAUGACAUGCCAAAAGUAGUUUUAUUGAAACAUUUAUUUAAGUGAACAUAAAUACUGUAUAACAACAGGAGUACCUUUAUUUAAAAAAAAAAAAAAAAAAACUCCAUAAAGCUAGCUCCAUAAAGUGCACAUUUAAAUAAAAAAAAGUCUUAAAUAAAAAUAGCCCAUGAAAUAAAAUAGGCCAAUGUUUUUCUCAAAUAAAUAUAUUUAUAUGAGAAAAGAAUAACGAACAUUACAAAAGAACUAAAUAUGACAAACCCUAGUAAGGGCAGCAAUUAUAUAGACAGAAAGAAAAAAAAUGAAAUAUACAUAUAUAUGCGAUAUGGUCUAAUUCCAUAUCACAUUUUAAAAUAUAUCUGUAUAUUGCCCAGCCCUAAUUUCCAUCACAACUAAAUGGCCAACCCUAACCCUAACAUAAACCUGAUGUUACCUGAACCCUCAAACAAUACUUUAAAGAAGUGAGGACCGGCUGAAAGGUCCUCACUUCGCAAAAAUGUCCUCACUCUGUUGCUUAAAAACGUGUUCCGGUCCUCACUAUGUAGGAAGUACAAGAACACACACACACACUGCUUCCCUCAUAUGAGGACGGAGGGAAAGGGAAGUGAUAGAUGGUAGGUGAAUGUGGAAGGUGGGGAAGGAGAAGGAUGUGACAGUGACAGAAAGUGUGUGAGAGAGUGUGUGUGUAGAGAGAGAGAGAGAGCCCCAAACUAGUGAACCAUCUCAGGAAAUAAAUAUUUAUCCUUCCUCCGCACUAUAAGCAGCUUGAACAUUCUUCUUCACUGCAUCUUUUUUUACUUUUUCGCCGUGGGCCACCCAGCUAUGCUGCUACUCUACAUUCUGCAGGUCCGUAAAAGCAAAAACAGAAGUUUCCUCCACCAUGUCAGGCCUCACUGUAAACAGAAAACAUUUGGUUUUAGAUAUUUGAACAUGCUGUGAUUCAUGUGACAGUUUAGUUAUAAUUUAUUAAUUAUCAGCAAAGCUGCAGAAGUGAAAUAAUACUGUAGGGCACUAAUGCAAUGUACUGUUAACGUCAUGUUAACCAGAGUCCUAAAUGUUUGAAACCACCGUGGAGAUAUAUUUUUGCAAGUCUUUUGUAAUAUUUCCUCCGUUUUCUUUUUGUCAUUAAUGAUACAAAACAAAUAUGUAGAAAAAAUAUUUUGUAAGAUGCUUUGUACAGAAGAAGAGAUUAUUUAAUUGCACCAGCUUUAUGUUGUCAGAGUGAGCAGAUGUUCUCCUAUUGGUGAGAAGUUGAGAAAACGUGCGUUUAAUGUAGAGAUGGAUGAUUGUAGUGUGUUGUCAUGGUGACAGAGGGACAGAGCUGAAGGCAUGAGGCCAGUCCGUCUGACUUCCGGCUGUGGGGAUCUCAGGCUCAAAGAUCACAGUGUCAACUAAGUGACAUUUAUUUUCAGAAUUGAUCGGACAUUAAACAGACUAAGCAUAACUUGGGCCUGUUUAAAUGUUUCAGGGUGAUUGUUGGUCUCACUCCAUCCAUUCAAGGCCACAGUUUGAAGCCCUGCAAAUCCUCACAGGAUGACGAUGGAUGAACCACCUGACUGGACAGCAGGAGGUCUUGAUAGUGACUGGCAGAUCUUUUGAAAAUUGUCCCCUCUAAACACUCGACAACACUGACAACUAAAGCAGAACAAAUUUAAAAACCAUUUACACAUAUAUGGGAAUAUAAUAGAAUGCAGAAAAUAAUUUUCUAUCCACUUUUCCAGUUUGAACACUGCAAAAAGGUGUGUCUAAAAAUACUAAAUCUGAGGGAAAUGAUCUUGCUGCAUGGACAGAAAAUUUCACUUGACAAGAUUUCUUAAAUUAAGAUCAUUAAAUCUAGAAAUAAGCAUGUUGAACAUUUAAAAUAAGAAAUUAACUCUUAAAAAAGAUAUUUAGAUUUGAUGUGUUCGAUAAUUUGUCUUGUUUUAAGAGUUAAUUUCUUAUUUUAAGUGUUCAACUUGCUUAUUUCUAGCAAGAUCAUUUCCCUCAGAUUUAGUGAUUUUAUCUUGGUUUUAGACACACCUUUUUGCAGUGAAGAACGACCCCACUCACAUAAUAUAUGUGUAUAUAUAUAUUCUUACAUAUGGAAAAUAACAUGCAACGUCUAUUUCAGACCAUUCUAACCAUUUUCGAAGAAGAGUCAAAUGAUUAUAACAAAUACAUUUUAUUCAGAGCAGCAAUAAUUCCAGGAAAAAGAGGGCUGUGUCACCAAAACACUGUUUCUGAUCAAACCAGUUGAAUGGGUUGACCACAAUAUGUCUGCAGGAACAUAUCCGGUUAUUUAAUACCAGAACAACGUCUGUCUUAUACUGCACACAGUCCAGUUGAUAAUGAAUGUUCAAGGCAUCAUGAAUAAAGCCUUCUGACUUUGAUAUAGUGACUAUGCAGAUGUUAAAGAUGUUGCCUCACAAAGAACUAAAAAUUAUUUUUGAAGUGGGUAAUGAUGGAGGAGAUUGUGAUAACCGUGGUGAUAAUGAUGAAGAAGAGUCUAAUAAUGCUCACAUAAUAAUGCUAAGAAGUGAUUGUGACGGCUGCUUGUCAAAGUAAAACCAUUCCAUGUGAUGGAAAGAAGCACAUUCAGAUCUUAUUUAUGUAUAUUUAUAUGAUACAGAUGAAAGACAGCAGCUCAUAAACCUUGAUUCUGAAAAGUGAACUUUUCCUCAAGCUAAAUAAUACGGCCUAAAGUAAUAUUUCCCAAAUCUGUUUACUAUAAUAUCUAAUAACUUUUAUUUUGGAAUUUUAAAUGUCUAUGCAAAUGCAAAUGUAUUUGUAAAUAAAUGUCUGUAUAUUUCUGA